CCUCCAGGGAUGGCUCUGAGCUCUCGAGCGCACGCCUUCUCCGUGGAGGCCUUGAUGGGGAGACCCAGCAAAAGAAAAGCUCAAGACCCAAGAGAUGAGAUGCAGCCUGAACUGCAGGAGGAGCAGUUCCUAGAGGAAGGGGAGGAGAUACUGAGGAGCCCUUCUGGGGACAGUCAGCAGCCGGAAAAGCGACUCAAGGCAGAAUCUUCAAAAACUGUUUUCUCCUGCUCUGACCACGAGAGCAACAGCCAGGAAAGUCUGCAAGAAGAAAGUGUUAUCCAAGUGGAGCUUCAGGGAUCUGACCUAUGGAAGAGAUUCCACGACAUUGGCACUGAGAUGAUCAUUACCAAGGCGGGCAGACGUAUGUUUCCUUCUGUUCGGAUCAAGGUGAAAGGGAUGGACCUUGCGAAGCAGUACUAUGUGAUUUUGGAUGUGGUACCAGUGGAUUCCAAACGCUAUAGGUAUGUGUAUCACAGCUCACAGUGGAUGGUAGCUGGAAAUACUGACCAUUCCUGCAUCACUCCCAGAUUCUAUGUGCACCCCGACUCCCCUUGCUCAGGAGAACACUGGAUGCGUCAAAUCAUCUCUUUUGAUCGAGUGAAACUCACCAACAAUGAGAUGGAUGACAAGGGACAUAUCAUUCUGCAGUCCAUGCAUAAGUACAAACCCCGUGUUCACGUGAUGGAGCAGGACAGCAAGAUUGACCUGUCCCUGAUACAGUCCUUUCCUAUUGAAGGAGUUAAAACAUUCUCCUUUAAAGAAACUGAAUUCACUACUGUGACAGCUUACCAAAACCAGCAGAUUACCAAACUGAAAAUAGACAGGAAUCCCUUUGCCAAAGGAUUUAGAGACCCUGGGAGAAACAGGGGUGUCUUGGAUGGGUUUUUAGAGACUUACCCAUGGAGGCCUUCUUUUACUAUGGAUUUUAAAACUUUUGUUGCAGACACACAAAGUGGAAGUGGUGGCUCAUCUCCAGUGACCUCUAGUGGAGGAGCUCCCUCUCCUUUGAACUCUUUACUUUCUCCAUCUUGUUCUCCACCUAUGGUUUACAUACCUCCAAGCUCCUUCAGAAUAACCUAUCCAGAGGCAUACCUGCAUAGUGUCAACGUACCCUUGUGCUACAGAAUUUUUCCAACUAAUUAUUGGCGACCACAACCUUUUGUGUUACCUACUCCUGAGAGCCUACCAAGCUUCAACAGUCCUCAGUCUUUACCCCCACUCAUGAUGGAAGUACCCGUGGUAUCCUCCAGUGGCAUCAUCAAUCCAAACAGUGGCUUACAUGAAGACUGCAGUGUGCAGUGUCUACAAGCAUCUCAUUAUGCCAACCAAAUGUUAUAUGGAUUACAGAAUCCUGGAAACAUUUUCCAUCCAAACCCGAUUGCCCAAGAAGCAAUCAGUUGUCCCUUUCAUCUUCCCAAUGGUUGUUAUAGGUGCAACGUCUCCAUGCCACCUAGGCUGGAAAAUGUUGCCAAUCACCUCACUGAAAAUGGUACCAGUCAGAUUUCUUUUACUGAAGGCAGCUGUGAUCAUUCCCAUUGGUAUCCAGCCAUCAACCAUUACCUUUAA